UUUCGAUAUUGUUUUGUUUAACAUAAUUUUUGUUUUUAUAUAAUGAUAAUUAAAAUGUUAUAUAAAUAAAUAUAGAUUUAUAUGAAAUUGUAUUUUUUGCUAUUUUUAGCUGUAUUUGAUAAAAAUGAUUACUUUAAGAUUUAAAUGUUUUACUUCUGCAGUUCUUAGAAAAACGAAACUUAACAUCAACAAUAAUUUAAAAAGGACUCGACACUAUUCAUGUCUCCUUGGAAUAGAAACGUCCUGCGAUGAUACCGGUUGUGCUAUAAUCAAUGAUAGUGGCGAAGUAGUAGGGGAAACGCUUCAAUCUCAAAAUCUAAUGCAUCUUCGUAAUGGUGGAAUUAUUCCCGAUGUUGCCCAAGAUCUACACAGAAAACACAUAGAACCAACUGUGGAUAAAACUUUACAGGCAGCUAAUAUAAGUAUGUCAGAUAUUAGUGCUAUCGCUGUGACAUUACAACCUGGUCUGCCAUUAAGUCUUGCUAUAGGUAUGAAAUAUGCAAAGUAUUUGGCUAGAAAAUUUAAUAAGCCCAUCAUACCAAUUCACCACAUGGAGGCCCACGCAUUAGUUGUGCGAAUGGAGCAUGAAGUUUCAUUUCCAUUUUUAACAUUGCUCAUAUCAGGUGGGCAUUGUUUACUUGCAGUUGCACAAGAUGUGAACAAGUUCUUGUUACUAGGAGAGAGUAUGGAUUGUGCUCCUGGUGAGGUUUUUGAUAAAAUUGCAAGAAGAAUGAAAUUAAGAAAUGUACCUGAAUAUUCACAAAUGUGUGGUGGACAAGCAGUGGAAAUGGCUGCUUCAAAAGCAACAAAUCCAAACAUGUUUAAAUUACCACUUCCGUUAGCAGAAUAUAAAGAUUGUAAUUUUAGCUUUAAUGGACUAAAAACAUCCGUGAUGUAUCAACUUUUUAAAAAGGAAAAAGUUCACAAUAUCAAUGCUGACAAAUUGAUUCCAGAAGUAAAUGACUUAUGUGCGGCAACAUUAAUGGCUGUUUCUAGACAUUUAAUACAUAGGACUCAGAGGGCUAUAGAAUUUUGCAGUAAAAAUAAUUUAAUACCAAAUAAUAAGAAACAGCUUGUAGUAUCUGGAGGUGUAGCAUGCAAUAAAUAUAUCUUUAACUCUCUUACAAUAUUGUGUAAUGAAUUAGAUUAUGCCAUUUUUAGACCUGCACCAAAGUUAUGCACUGAUAAUGGAGUUAUGAUAGCAUGGAAUGGCUUGGAAAAGUGGCGGAGAAAUAUUGAUAUAGUCACUGAUCUUGAGACUUUAGAUAUAAAAGCCCAAAGUCCAUUGGGUGUAAGUCUCGUCAACAAAGUUAUUGAAGCAAGGAUACCAAUGAAAUUGUUAAAAAUUAAAGUUAAGUUAUAAUAUAUUGUUAAAUAAAUA